AUGGAUUCAACUAGGUUAAUAAGUUUGCUUGAGAACACCUUUAUUCCGCCAACUAAAACUAAAACAGAAGCCAAGAUCCCUAACUAUCACCCAUGUCUAAUAGUUCAAGAUUCUCAAACUGAUGUUAAUAAGCUAAAACCCUGUGGGUGCUACGAUAAUUUUUGCAUUAAAAAUGCGUCUGCAUGGAUUCCUAAAUCAAGAAACUAG